AUGGCUACCCCAAGUGGGGAAGUCAUCCCAAGUAAGGAGGAAAAAACCCUCCUUACGAAAGACCCCACUAAAUGCCCCCAAAUGUACGUAGCCAUUUACAACAUAGGAAAGAAGAAAAACAUCGGGAGCAUAGUAAGAAGUUGCGUUGCCUUUGGGGUAAGCAAAAUUUUCGUCGUGAGUCGAAAAAGGAAUGAAAUCAAUUUCUUUGGCCAAAUGGGGACAUGUAAAUAUAUAACUAUAGAGUACUUCUCUAACAUGAAGGAGCUGAGGAUCCACCUGGCAAACAAUAAUAUUCUGUUAUAUGCAUGUGAAAUAACAGAUCGUGCUAUAGCUGUAACCAGAACUCCCUUUGUUAAUAAAGAUACAGCCUUCUUAUUCGGAAAUGAAGGAACAGGAAUUAAUGAUGAAACGUUGAGCUAUUGCGACAAAAUCAUUUACAUCCCUCAGUAUGGCAAUGGGACAUGUUCUCUCAACGUGUCAGUUUCAUGUGCCAUAAUUUUACAUCACUUUGCUGUGUGGGCGAAUUAUCCCGAGGUGGAAAUUUCGGGAAAGAAAUUUGUCCUCAAUAAAUGCGCAAGUAAAUUGGAGCAAUAUUUAAACCCUUCGGAUGACUUGCUCCGCCAGAUUAGUGAAAAACGCAAAGAGCGGGCAGAAGCCAAGCAGAUCUCCCCCGAUUUAGCGGACAUUCAUUUUGUUAACCCCUCCUUUUAUCACUUUCCCUUGUUAAACAGCAAGGAGGAUGCCGCAUCAAUGGACACAUACAACUCUCCUCAGAUGGAAGAGCAUCCAAGUUGA